AUGUUCAACAUAGAGAAUCAUUACGGUGCACACUUGAAAAAAGAGACCAUUCGCUCCGAAUCGUUUCCUUUUAUCUUGGCAAAUAGAGAAUUCUCUAAAGAGCAGAAACCGUCGUUUCCUGCAAUAAAAAGCACCGAAAGGUCAAAAAUCAAGUACACAGACUUCUUAAAAAUGAACAAAAUGUUCACAGAAUACCUUACAAGGCUCAAGGGCACAAUAAAUUCGGCUAUGUUUGCUAACAAGAUAUAUACAGCAGAGCUAACCGGUGCAAAAGUCAAAAUCUCCGACGGGAGAAGUGGAAUAGUUGUUGAGGAGCGAGCAAAUUCGCUUGUGAUUGUCUUCGAAAACGACUUGAUAAAAACAUUCAUAAAACGAACAAAUAGUUUCUCAGUCGAGCAUGAUGGAAUAUACUACAUCUUUGUUGGAUCAGGCAUGAAACCAAAUAGAUUUACAAAGAAAUAG